UGCAAUUAUUACCCUAACGAUCCAACGGACCCCAACACCUCUCCACCUCCGACUCUGCUACUCCCACCCACAUUCCCGGAGCUCCUCCUUUCCCGGCCGUUUUCCCUAUUCUGUCACUUACCUUUCCAACGAAUCCACUCCAAAUCCCUCCCCCUCGAGCCGUAUUAGCCGAUUCCGUAGAUUCAAUAUUUGAUGGCUGAAAGUUGGUGAAUUUGAUCCAUUUUGUGGAGUUACAUCAGACCCAGAAAAGUUUCAAGCUCAAAGUUGUUGAAUUGGGUCUAGUUUGUGAAGCUCAACCAGACAUACAAGGCGAAAAAGUCGAUGGCUGAUUCGGACAACGAAUCAGGGGGGCACAACAACGCGAACGGCGACUUCGCGUCUCGAGAGCAAGACCGGUUCCUGCCAAUCGCUAACGUGAGCAGAAUCAUGAAGAAGGCAUUGCCCGCAAACGCCAAAAUCUCAAAGGACGCUAAGGAAACCGUGCAGGAAUGUGUGUCGGAGUUUAUCAGCUUUAUAACUGGCGAGGCCUCGGAUAAAUGUCAGAGGGAGAAGAGGAAGACGAUCAAUGGGGAUGAUUUGCUCUGGGCGAUGACUACUCUGGGGUUUGAGGAGUAUGUGGAGCCGCUGAAGAUAUAUCUGCAGAAGUAUAGGGAGAUGGAGGGGGAGAAGAGCUCGGUGGGGUCCCGACCGGGGGAAAAGGAUGGUGGCGGUGGUUCCGGUGGUGGUGGGGCAGCGGCGGGAGGUGGAGGGAGUGGUGGGGCGGUGAGCUCGGCAAGUAGUGGUGGUGCUGCUGGGUUUAAUGGGGUUGGGGGAGUCUAUGGUGGGAUGUAUGGGGGGGUCAUGGGUGGUCAUCAUCAUGGACACAUGUACGGCUCUGGUGGGUUUCAUCAUGUGGGUGAUAUUGGUGGUGGUGUUGUCGGGAAAGAUGGUUCAGGCGGCGGCGGCGGCGGUGGAGGGUCCAUCGUGAGGUCAAGGUAGAUGUGCUCCAUUGUUUAAAGAAGGUGGAUAUAUAAAAUGACUGCGUUGAUUUAGGGGUAUUAGUUUGCUCUUUCCUUCCGCUAAUUAUUGCCCAAAACCUUGUGAAGUUUAGAGAGGCGAUCUUAUCUGGACCGGGGAUGGACCCUUUUGGGUUUUUCGUUAAUUUUCUUUCUUUGGACUUUUUGGUGGGGAUGUAGUACUUGUUCAUGGAAUUGUAUGUGUAAUAUGGAGUUGUAUGUGUAAUUGUGGAUCAAAAGAUACAUGAUAUGAUGCAUGGUAUUAAAAUCUGUAACCUCUAAUGAUAAAGCAGUAGUUCUGAGGAAGAGGAAGCAUGGGAAAUACUUCGUUGUAGUAUAAGGAUUCAUUCACUUGUAGAGUUGUUUGUUGUCCGUGUUGUUCUUAAAGGUUUUGGAUAAAUGAUUUGGAUUUUGGAGGUUUCCUAUA